AUGAAUUCGGAAAAUUUGGAUUCGGAUGUAACAGUUGGGACUAAAUUUAGUUCAUACGAUGAUAAUGGAGAAACCAAAAGUUUUGCCAAUAAACAGAGAACAAAAGAAAAUAAUGCUAGAAUACAUACAAAAGUAUCCGAAUUUAGCAAGCAAAAAUCUGCUGAAUACAAUUUUCAAAAGGCCCAAAAACACUGGGAAGAAUUAGGCGAAUUAUUAAAUAGUGUGCGAGGAGGGUCCAAAAAAACUUGGAGGCAGUGGCGCAAGACACGGACUGAUCUAAAAAAAAAUACGAAACAGAAAGCAUCGGGCUUAAAAAAAUAUUACCAAGGAACAGGAGGUGGACCAGCAAUAGAUGAUAAAAUUACAGAAAUCGAAAAAGGAAUAUUGGAAAUAAUUGGCAAUGUUAUGCAGGAAGGUCACAAAGAAAUAUCAGAAACUCCAGUGAACUUUGAAUUUAAUGAUUUAAGUGAUAUUCCGACAGUUGGCCCAGAAAUAGAAGAUAACACAAAUCUAGAAUUUAUUUAA